CACAGGUUAACGGAAGUCGCGGUGCAUGCUGGGAGUGGUGCUGGCGGAAGUGUCGACUGAGAUGCCUGGAGUCUGUUUGUGAGUUACUGGCACUGUGUGAUAGAGACGCUGUGGGCUUAUGAUAAGCUGAAGGUUAACUCUUGAACGGAUUAGGUGCACAAGAUGCUGCGCAGAAAGCCCACUCGUCUGGAGCUAAAACUAGAUGAUAUAGAAGAAUUUGAGAGCAUUAAAAAAGACCUGGAGUGUCGAAAGAAGCAGCGCGAAGAGGUAGAUUUAUCGUCUAUUGAAGCCGAUGCCGCCGUUUCUCUCAGCACUGACCCCAAAAGUCGAGAACAGACCAUCCAUGAUCGGAUUGGGUACAAACCACAGCCAAAACCCAACAGCCACACAACACAGUUUGGGAACUUUGAAUUUUGAGAGGGAACUUGUUGAAAAUGACUGUUACCAGAGUGUGGGUUUUCUGCUUAUUAAAUAUUUAGGUUUAGCAUCUGUGAAUGUAGUUAAAAUCUCAGCACUUUUUAUACCAUGUGUAAUAUAGCAGUUUGUAAUAAAAAAUAACAGAUUUA